UGUGCGACCGAGUGUGUCCGAGGGUGAAAGUGUGCUGUGGUACGCGGUGUGCGAGUGGAAUCCGGCCGCCAAAAGCAUCCAGAGUGCGCCAAACCUCACGCCGAUCGGAUCAUACUCGUGCUCCGAUCUCAGUCGAAAAGCCGACACCAGCAAGAACCUGCAGCAGCGGACGGACAUCUCCGGUGAAAAGUGCAUCGAAUCCACUUGGAAUCGCGUCCUGGCCCGCGCCCCAACCCCGCCGAGACUCAUGGCUGCCCCAACGACGCCCUCGCGACAGAUCCUCUUCGUUCUGGCGCUAUUGUUUGUUGUGAAGCUGGGCUCCGGACGACCGCAGAAUGCAAUCGAUAAUCAGGACAUGCCGGAGAUAAACCCGAACGAGCUGCGGAAACUGUACACAAACUACAACUCGUACGUCUCGAACCAGCUGGACAACUACGGGCUCGAUCCGCUGCAGCUCCAGCUGCUGGCGCAGUACGCCCAGACCAAUGCCAUCAGCGGCGGCGGAGGUGGCUGGGAUCAGCUGUACCGGGCGCCGGAAAUGAAGCGCCAGAUCCGGUACCGCCAGUGCUACUUCAACCCGAUCUCGUGCUUCAAGAAGUAAGACGCUCGGCUCCAGUGCAAGGAUGGGCUUGCCGACCCCUGCCCGAUCGAACGCAAUCGACGAUCGGACGCGGGCGGGAAGAGAUGAGGUGCGGGAGGGAGGGUUCGAGAGUUUCCAGUUUCUUCCAAUCUUUCCUCCUCCCCCUCACCAAGGACUGCCCUACUCUUUCAUCCUCAUCCCCACAACCAAAAAACGGUCCAGUUCGAGGCGAAAGGCGUUUGCGAAGGAAUCGAGUGUCGAUGUGAAGGAUUUCGGAUUCAGGGAUGAAGGAAGUUAUGAUAAAAAAAUGUCGUUAGAAAGAAAAAAAAGGUUGGGAAGAUUUAAAAAAUAUAUAUACAUAGAGAUAAAACCAAACUAACACAACAGAAGCAAAAAACACGAAAAACAAACAAGCAAACUCCUCCUCGGGUGUUGAGUCUUCUCCGGUAUCGGUUGCUGCUAAAAUCUACUUGGUGUGACAGGGAUGUUUUUAAAUGUUUAAACAAGCACACUUUAUUCACGCGGCUAUCGGAGCUGCAAGCAGAGUUCCAUGGUGGUGGUGGUGAGCUGGUGUCGAGGGGGAUAGGAGGCAGGGCGCGAGCAGCAAUUCCUUCAGUAUGGCGCAACACGUGCCAGUAGAUAAUUGUAGUACGAAAACCAAACCCUUAAGAAAAGCCUCAUUACCGUAUCCCCACCCGCCCCCAAUCGGAGCCAACAAUUGAAACACUGCGUGUAAACUAUAUGUAAACAAGAGUCCGUGGGAUGUCCACCCGGGUCACUCGGGGGAACGUAAAGUACUAGGAAAAAAAUACACUUCCCCGCAACGUACAGAUUAAAAAAGAAACAUGAUUUUCUUCGAGUUUGUCUCCUCGUUCUCCGUUCGUUGAGACGUCAGUCCAACCGCGGAAAGCUCACCCAACUCCCCCAGGGGAGGCUCGUGUAAUCGGUAAGCGGUAAGAAUGUUCACCCAAAACCUGGUCUGGUUCGCUUCGCUGAUGGUGAAUCUUGUACUUGUUUUUUUUUUUUAAUUCUCCAAAUUACUAACGACUACUUGGCAUUCGGUGGUGCGCUUCGGCAAGACUGCUUUUCCCUACCGGCCGUCCGGCGAAGGCUAAUUAUUGCGAGUGUGAAUGAUGGAAGCGCGAGAAAGAGGCUAGAAGAGGAGGUGAAAAGGUAAGCGAUCGGAAUUAAUUUGCCAGCAGCCGGACGUCAUGUUUCAUGCAUGGCCGAAUCCGGUGGUUCGUUAUGCGAAUGCGAAGACUUUUCCGGCGUGCGCUCGUUGGGAAAAGGGAAAACGAGAAGGUUGUACGGUUGAAAAAGGACUAGACAGAAAGGAAACUGGAAAAGGACAGUGAAACUGAAUGUUGUUAUCAAUUACUUAUUGCUGGACCGGCUACAACAGUAUAAAUGUCAAUCAAACAACAACCCAUCAUAAACAAAAAGACCAAAAUCAUGUAAUAGAGCACGUUCUUUGGGUUGCUUCGAUAACACUCUUCAUUACAGAUGCACCGCAGUCGUGUUACGUUGUACGGCCAGGAAAGCAUACCGAUGCACAUGUGUACUUAUACAACCAUAUAUACAAAUAUAUUUAUCGCAAAAUCUCAAAAUAAAUUAGAGC